CUUACAUUAACUCGUCAGUCUUGUGAUAUCGCAUCAUCAUGCCUGAACCAGCAAAGUCCGCUCCUAAGAAGGGAUCCAAGAAGGCCGUCACCAAGACCGCCGGUAAGGGAGGAAAGAAGCGCAGAAAGUCCAGGAAGGAGAGCUACGCCAUCUAUGUCUACAAAGUCCUGAAGCAGGUCCACCCUGACACCGGUAUCUCCUCCAAGGCGAUGGGCAUCAUGAACUCUUUCGUCAACGACAUCUUCGAGCGCAUCGCCGGUGAGUCGUCUCGCCUCGCGCACUACAACAAGCGCUCCACCAUCACUUCCAGAGAGAUCCAGACCGCCGUGCGUCUGUUGCUGCCCGGAGAGCUGGCCAAACACGCCGUGUCCGAGGGCACAAAGGCCGUCACCAAAUACACCAGCUCGAAGUGAGGCGUGCCCGACUUCAACUAACCCAAAGGCUCUUUUAAGAGCCACACAUCUUCUCAGAAAAAGAGUUUUUGUGUAUUAUCUAGCUCUUAAUUCUAUGAUACCUCUGUUUUACAUUCCAACAGGCAUUGUGCAUAAUUAUACCAAUAACAA